CUCGACUGUUGGGGCGGCCACCUCGCGGUCGGCCCGCCGGCUGCCGCCGCGCGGGAGGGGCGGAGCGAUGGCGGACGCGGUCGUGGGCAAGGACAAGUGCGGGGAGCAGCGGCUCGUGUCGCUGCCCCUGUCCCGCAUCCGGGUGAUCAUGAAGAGCUCCCCCGAGGUGUCCAGCAUCAACCAGGAGGCGCUGGUGCUCACGGCCAAGGCCACGGAACUCUUCGUUCAAUAUCUAGCCACCUAUUCCUACCUGCAUGGCAGUGGAAAGGAAAAGAAAGCACUGACUUACAGUGAUUUAGCAAAUACUGCAGAGGAAUCAGAAACUUUUCAGUUUCUUGCAGAUAUAUUACCAAAGAAGAUUUUAGCUAGUAAAUACCUGAAGAUGCUUAAAGAGGAGAAGAGGGAAGAAGACGAGGAGGAGGAGAAUGACAACGAUGAUGAAGGGGACGACGAUGAAGCCGAAUCCUAAACCAAAAAAGAAGUGCUUUAAAAAUCAGUCUGGUGAGGAUCCUCCUGUAUUAGCACCGUUGCUCUGAAGUAAGCACAACACUGUGCACCUUUAGACUCUUCCCUUUUUCAGAGACUUCCAGUGUGAUGUAUUCUUUCCUGAGCACCUCAUGCACCUAAACCCUAAGUAGCCAUAGAGAAAGUAACCCCGACAGCAGUCUCUCUUGACGGGCCCCUGCAGUUGGUUACCAAGAAAGCUGCCAGUACGUCAGGCACUACCGGCUCACCUGCUGCAGCUCUAAACUGUAGAGGCACAGACGAUUUUGCUCAACUUUUCAAUUUACAAAUACAUUUUGAAGAGCUUCUAAAUAUCAGUUAUGUAAAUUCAUAUAUAUAUUUUGAAAUUAGUUUUUGUAAAUAACUAGAUUCACUUUUAGCCAAAUAAAUCAUU